UCGAAUCGAGACACAAUUUCUCAUCGUUCUCUCGCGAUCGUCGAGCAAUGUAUUUCCUUCCACAUGUCUUGUCCGCAUUCGCCGGUUCUUUCCGGCUAUCGUUUGCUUUCACCGCCAUUUUGUUGCUUGUGCGGUACAUCUUGCGUCGCAGCAAGAAACUCAAGCUCCCGCCAGGUCCCAGAGGAUUGCCAAUCAUCGGAAACAUACUUCAACUUGGGCCGAAUCCACAUCUCACUAUGACUGAGUUUGCCAAGAAGUACGGACCCGUAUAUCGUCUCAAACUCGGUUCCAGAAUGGUCAUUGUGGUGAAUGGUAAAGAUGCUAUCAAGCAAGCCUUGGUAAAACAAUCUGGAGAUUUUAUUUCAAGACCUGAAAUGCACUCAACUAAAUACAUAUGCGAUGGUCACAGCGUUGCAUUCGCUUCAAUGCCGGUAGACGAACACAAAAGAUAUCGAAAGUUAAUCGUUGAUGCUCUCAGUGACUUUGCCCUGAAAAAGGUCAGGCCUGACGAAAACAACAACAAAUUUGCAGCAAGGCCCAAGUCAAUAGUGGAGCAGAUUAUCAAAGAAGAAAUAUCUAAUCUUUCUAACAGACUAAUAAAAUCACAGAAGGAAAAUGGAUCAAAAGAGGAAGAGCACGGUGUUACUACAUCAGAUGAUGAAAUGACUGGUACAUUUAAUAACAUCGCAUGGACGACGUGCAACAUAUUCUGCUCUUUCAUGUUUGGCGAACGUUAUGCACCAGGUGAUUCACAGAUAAAGUUUGUGAUUGACAGCUCCAAUGAAUUCAGCAAAUUUCAAUCCGCAUCGUCAAUAUCAGACAUGAUGCCAUGGGUCAGAAAGAUUUAUCCCGGAAUACUAAAAAACUUCAUUGCCGUCUCAAAAAAAUUUUAUGACUUCAUGCACGAUAAUAUCAAAACUCAUAUGGAAAAUUUUGAUCAAGUUUAUGGCCAGGAAAAUGUUUCACAUGAACCGAAAAAUGUGCUGGACGGGUUGAUUAUGAAAUGUAGGAAAUACAAAAAUAAUCCUCUCUUCAAGGACGAGCACAUUAUGAACACGUCAAUUGAUCUGAUGGGUGCUGGAUUUGACACCGUAGCAAAAGCUCUGAUGUGGAUUUUCGUUUACGCAUCCGUGUUUGAAGAUGCUCAAGAAAAAAUAAAGCAGGAAAUUGAUUCGUUUAUUGGCCGGAACAAAAAGAAUCCAAGCUUUGCUGAUCGACACGAGCUUCCAUACACAAAUGCAUUUAUCCACGAAGUAUUGCGUCAUUCAUCGUUCGUUCCUUUCACAAUACCUCAUGCAGUGACCCGUGACAACGUCCGCCUACUUGGAUAUGACCUUCCUCGUGGAACUAUCGUAUUUAUAAACCAAUGGUCAGUUAAUCAUGAGGAGUUGACCUGGAAUAGUCCAGACCAUUUCCGACCAGAGAGAUUCCUGGAUGCAGACGGUGAGUUUCGUAAGGAAAUCGGCGAUCAAGUUGUCUUAUUUGGUAUGGGAAGAAGAAUUUGCCCAGGAAGAUUACUCGCAAAGAUUGAAAUGUUCCUUUUUACAACCGAAAUCAUAAGAAAUUGCAAACUAUCAAUGCAUCCCGACCACCCCGGACUACCGGCGACUGAAUACGCGUUGACAAUGAGGCCUGAAACGGGGAAAAUGAUCGUUGAGCCACGAUGAUAUAUUUGUAACAGAAUAUAUUAUCCAAAAGGGAUGUCCGAUGUAGCAAGUUUGAAGUAUUCGGUGUUCAUCAUAGACAGUGUGCCAUAUGUCAAGUACUUUCGAAAAUUUUUAUUUGUAAACCGCUUUAUCCGAAUGACAAUUGUUGUAUUUAUGCUAUUUAUUCUGGCUUUUUUGUUAAUUUUUCGAGCAUAUCAUCCAUUUUUUGAGUUGUAAAAAUAUGAAAUAUAUUUAAGAAUCACGAACGUUAUAUAUAGUAUAAGCAAAUAGUAUUAAGUCAAGUUGAUUUUUAUCAUCUGUUGUACUGUGUUCCACGUUUGCAAAUUUGCAAGCGUAUCGGUUGGCCAGUAAAAGUUAUAUAUAUACUGUAGCAAUAUAUACAAUAGCAAACAAAUAAUUUUAAACGUGUUUUUUUUUCGACUGUUCAAUAAUGUCGAAUUUGAUAUUUUAUCUAAUUUUGACGUUCAAUAAAUUAUAAUGUAUGAGUGCAAGACAUUUCAUUUCGU